ACACGAGCCCAGCGCCCUCCUCGUUACAGCCUCAGGUCCUGUAGAGAGCACUAAGGGCUCCCCUCAGCCUCCUCUUCACCCUUCCGGGCGGCGAGAAGCAGCGCAGGGGCUGCUCUGCAGCCCUGGGGCUCCUUAAAGCGCCGCGGCGCAUGCGCGAGGGGAGGGCACGAUCAUUAGCGUUGGGAAAUGUCAUUAAUGUGAUUUUUACGAGGAAGGCCGUCCCUCCCGCGCCUCAGCUGCCGCACCGGCGGCUCUGGGCGCUGCCCCGCGGGGCGGGCGGCGGCCAAUGGGCGCCCGGCGCUGUUGCUGUGCGCGCCCUGGCUCUGCCUCCUUUGUGGGAGCUGCCGGGGCGCCGGGAAGAUACGUUGGAUGAAUACUUUGAAUAUGAAGCUGAGGAGUUCCUGGUUUCUUUGGCCUUGUUGAUCACCGAAGGUCGAACUCCUGAAUAUUCAAUCAAAGGCAGAACAGAGGGCUUUCAUUGCCCACCGGCACAAUCAAGUCAGCCGCCCACAUCUAAGCAUGAAUGCAGCGACAAACUGGCUCAGUGUCGUCAAGCCAGGCGAACCAGAUCUGAGGUUAUGCUGCUGUGGAAGAACAAUAUUCCAAUCAUGGUAGAAGUGAUGCUACUUCCAGACUGUUGCUAUAGCGAUGAAGGGCCGACAACUGAGGGCAAUGAUUUAAAUGAUCCUGCAAUCAAACAAGAUGCAUUGCUCUUAGAAAGGUGGAUUUUGGAGCCAGUUCCUCGACAGAGUGGAGACCGAUUUAUCGAAGAGAAGACACUUUUAUUGGCUGUUCGCUCUUUUGUUUUCUUCUCUCAGCUAAGUGCGUGGCUGAGUGUUUCCCAUGGUGCUGUUCCCCGAAACAUCCUGUACAGGGUAAGCGCUGCAGAUGUGGACUUGCAAUGGACAUUCUCUCAGACACCAACUGAGCAUGUCUUUCCUGUUCCUAAUGUUUCUCACAACGUGGCCUUGAGAGUCAGCGUCCAAUCCUUGCCCAGACAAUCUAACUACCCAGUUUUGACCUGUAGUAUUCACGCCAACCUUGGCUUUUAUGAAAAGCGAAUGCAAGAGCGUAAGUUACUUCAGCACAGCGAUUCCAGUGCGGCACAGCAAUGCAGUACCUCCAGUCCACAGCGCUUCUGUGGGAAACAGAUGUGGACAACGACACCUGAAGGCCUACUUAAUGGAAAAAAGACACCUGAAUUUACUACAUCUGUCAGAAAUGUAAAACUUUAUCCAUCCACUGGACUUGGAUCUGACUUUGGGGCAUCACAGUCUAAAGUUCAGUGCUAUAAUGCUACAGCAGAGAAUAAGACACAAUCCCGUGAAACACCUGUCAGGACUUUAAAAUCCUUUUCUCUCGUCGAUUCCCGUGUUUCGAAUAGUCAUUGCUCUCAUCAGCCCACAGGAGAAAUCAAUCCUUUGAUAGGCUCUUUACUUCAGGAGCGACAAGAGGUCAUCGCAAGAAUUGCUCGGCACUUAAUUCACUGUGAUCCAGCUACUUCCCCAGUUGUUGCUAGACAUCCGUUCAACAUACAUGAGAAUGGCUUGGCUACACCUAAAGCUUUUCGGAGUACUUAUGAAGAUGAAAACUUGCCAAGGAAAGGCAAGGAAACCUCCUCCCCCAUUUCUAUUGCCAACUUUGACAAUGCAAUGCAAGAAGAUGUUGGUGAAGGCAAAACUAGAGCAAUACCAGAGACGCCACUGCUUGAUGCCCGUGUUCCAGGCAACCAUUGUGGCCGUCAGUCAGCAGGAGAGAGUAAUCCCCUGAUUGAUUCUCUGCUCCAAGAGCGGCAGGAGGUGAUAGCAAGGAUUGCCCAGCACUUGAUUCAUUGUGAUCCAGCUACUUCUCAUGUUACUGGACAUCCAUGUAAAGCGCAUGACACUAGUCCAGUUAGUUCAAAAAUUUUCCGAAGUACAUAUGAAGAUGAAAAUUUGCUCAAGAAAGGCAAGGAACCAUCUUCUGUUUCUUUUGCUAAAUCUGACUUUUCUUUGGUAGAAGACAGCGGUAAAUCAAGGAUGAAGACACCUGAUAUUCCUAUCAGUCCUUCUAGGUUUGAUGGGGAAUCGAAGGCUUCUCUGAAACUACAAGCAAGAAGAAAAUUGAUUUUAGCAAAACCCAGCGAAGCUGUCCGAAAUGCAUUUCAUCAGACUUCAAAUAAAACUUCCUAUGCAUUUUCUAACAUUUACACAUCAUCAUCAUGUACUAAAGAAAAUAAAUCUGAAUUGCCAGAAAAAUUGGAAACGAUACAUUCUGGUUCUGCACAGAAAGACCAGAUAACAAACAGAAUUAAACAGUGUUCAAAUUUCAGCAGCAUUGAUGAACAGAUUUGUACAAAUAAAUUUAAAGAAAGAACAGUUGUUAGUGAGAAUAAUGGCAUGGAUAGUUUUAACAAUUUACAGGUAGAUAAAUGCCGAAUACUUGAAGGUACAAAAAAAGCAACUGCAGUGCAGGUGUCUGACUCUUUGCACAAAAAUGAACUCAAGUGUUUAGAUAAAGACUCAAAACCCCCAAAUAUUUAUGAGCAAAAUACACAACUUAUUAGUAUUGAAAAUUAUUUAAAUAAAGACCAUGACAGUUUCAAAAGCAAAACCAAACAAGAUAAAACAAAAACUGCACAUGAUGAGAAUGAAGACCCAACAGGCCUCGAUUUCCAAAGCACUUCUCAGAAAAAAACUACAGAAGACAACACAGUUAAGGGUGAGCGGCAGAAGAAUCCAGAUGUACAGAAAGCACCAUCUCUAAAACACACAAAUAUAUGGCGGAAACAUAAUUUUCGUUCUUUGGAUGGGACUUCAACCAAGGCUUUUCAUCCCAGAACUGGAUUGCCUCUGCUUUCAAGUCCUGUUCCUCAAAGAAAAACACAGUCUGGGUGCUUUGAUCUGGAUUCAUCACUGCUGCAGUUGAAAUGUCUGUCUGCAAGAAGCCCACAACAAUGUAUAAACGGACACAGUGAUCCAGAGAGCCGUGGGAAACAAUUUCUGAGUUCUAGUGCCCCACCAGUAACAAGUCUUAGCCUUCUGGGAAACUUUGAGGAAUCAGUCCUGAAUUUUCGCUUAGACCCACUCGGUGUCGUGGAGGGUUUCACAGCAGAAGUGGGAGCAAGCGGAGUCUUUUGUCCCACGCACAUGACUCUACCAGUUGAAGUGUCAUUCUACAGCGUUUCAGAUGAUAAUGCACCUUCUCCUUACAUGGGUGUAAUUACUUUAGAGUCCCUUGGUAAAAGGGGUUAUCGGGUACCGCCUUCAGGAACAAUACAAGUGACCUUAUUUAACCCUAACAAAACUGUGGUGAAGAUGUUUGUAGUGAUUUAUGACUUGAGAGAAAUGCCAGCUAAUCAUCAAACAUUCCUACGGCAAAGAACUUUCUCUGUUCCUGUGAGACGAGAAAUCAAGAGAACUGUCAAUAAAGAAAACAGCCAACAGACUGAAGAAAGGCUGCUACGCUACCUCAUACAUCUGAGGUUCCAGAGUUCUAAAUCUGGAAAGAUCUACCUCCACAGAGAUGUAAGGCUCCUGUUCUCUCGGAAAUCCAUGGAAGUUGAUAGCGGCGCUGCGUAUGAACUCAAAUCUUACACUGAAUCUCCAACAAAUCCUCAGUUUUCACCAAGAUGCUAGCAAACAAUGGCAAACUAAAGUAUUUGUUUUACUGUUGAUUAUUCCUUACAAGUGAAUAUCGGUAGAGAUGACAGUAUAAAGUUAAGUCUGUAAAGGAAUGAAAAUAGUGCUCAAGAGAGAGAAGGUUCUUAUGUGAUCCUGGACCAGUUUUUAAAAGGUUUUUGGAAUGAGCUUCGUGUAUUCCAAGUAGACUGGAAACAUACUUAAAUCUAAUCUUUUUGUACUGUUUAAAACCACUUCAUUGGAUGUGUGGCAAUAGCAAAUUCCCAAGUUAGUUUAGUGUUUACACUUUUUAUUUUAUUUUCAGUUAUUUAAUAUUUAAUGUUUCAUUUAAUACUCAAGUGAUGUUUGUCUUUAGUGUUCUAAUGUAGCAUAAAUCCUAUGUAAAAUCAUACUAUGUAUUUUUGGCAUUAAUAUUGAAAUCUGAAAUAUAUACAGAUGUCUUUAAUCUGUGUGAUGUUUUAAGUGAUAUUCAUUUAAGUUAUUGAAAAUGGGGACAACAGAUCGAUUUCCAUUACAUUUCAUACUAUGCAAGCAUUUAACUUUCUUCUCUUUAAGGGUAACCUUUUCUUUCUUUUGUCAAUAUGCAAAUUUAAUAACACCUGUGUCCAUAGUGCCCAUUGUGUAUUUACUUAUUCAUGCAUUCAGGUGAUUGGUUCAAUUCGUAUUUUGCUCCCUCCGUUUCUUUCUUUCCUUAAAGGCCACUUUAAUUUUGCAUUCUGUUAUUCUGUUAUUUCUGUUAUUAUUUUUCUCACAUAAAAUUCCCUGCCCUCCCCCAUUUGAUUUCUCAGAUUGUGUUAAAGGGUGUACUGUGCAAACAAAUUAGUAUUUAUAUCUUAAAUAUAUGCAAAAGCUAUGAAACUUGUACUUUUUGUUUUAUUUUUAGAUGAGGAAGAUCUUGUAAUCUUAAAUAUUUUUAAUAGGUUGGUUCCAUUUAGGCCACUAGGUGGCCAUAGGAAGUUUUACGAGAAAUGCUGCAUUGGGCGUACCAGUAUUUUCCAAUACGUAUAUGUAUUCCUAAAACAAAACGCAGUCAGAUAAACAGUUUAUGCUACCUGUUAAACUGUGUAACUGAGAGAAAUAAAGUUAGAAGCAUUUUAUUAUCUUUGAGGUAUAUAUUUAAUGAUGAAAAUGAAGAUCUAUGAUGUGUUCUGAAGGUCUUGGAGUUUCUCAACUCUUUUACCUUGGUUUAUAUGCUUUUCUUUACAUCGCUGUAGGUUUUCAGUGUGUCAAUAUGAAAGAUGACGUUCGUAUUUGGGAGUCGUAACGCACUUCUCUGACAGCUGCGGAGAAAGAAGGAACGUGCGUCUUGUGUGUUCAGCACUGCCCUUAGAUGAGAGGAGAAGUCAGUGUAUCAUGAAAUCUCCAGGAAGUCUGCCAGGGAAAGAAAGGGAGACCAGACUUUCCAGAUGACGCUUAUCAGCUAUCUCAUGUAUUCAAACGCCUCUUGCCACAGAGGGCAAAGCUCAGACAUGACUGAGGCCCUUCUCCCUUCAGCAGCGUUUUCCCCUCAGUUACACUCAGUUUCCAAAGGUUAGGUAGCAUUUCUUUCAUAAAGACUUGGGGAAAAAACGUACAGGAAAGGAUUGCGUAGAGUUUUUAGUCAUUUGUGUGUCUUGCAAAAUGAGAAAAGGUUUCUUGUGGUAGCAGAAGAGUCAAAUACAGCUGCAGCUGUACCAGGUACGUAACUAAGUUCUGGACUGGCAUAAUGAGAAUGUGUCCUACUUUCUUUGUUGCUACUAUUGAGUCAUAAGCACACAGCACGUAUCCUCCAAGUACUUAUUUGUGUCAUGGUGCACAUCUGCUUGAAAAAAAGAGUAAGGACACACUUUUAAUGAAAAGUCCCAAUUCACAUGUCGUAGAUUAACCUUUUAUUUUGCACUGACAAUAUACAAUGUUUGUAUCUCUGUAUCCUGAUAAUUUUAAGUGACUCCUUCAAGCUGUUCUUUUCUCCCUUCAGAGUAAUAUAUUUAUUUGUUUCGAACAACAAGGAAGCGUGGAUAUAGAAUAUGUGGUGACUACAAGUCAUGUCUAGGAAAUAAAUUUGUAUUGACUUAACUGGUCAAACUGCACUCAGUCCCUGCAUGGGUUCAGAAUAAAUGUGACCUUAGAUUAUCCAUGCUCGGUUUUGAUUUAACUAAGUCAUUCUCCCUUUACAGCUUGAUCUGCAUUACAACUUUCCGUAAGCGACACACCUGGAGAAAAGCUGAAUGUUCCUAAAAUAUGAGCUGAAUUCCACGUGACCUUCCGUGCAAAGGUUGAGGAAUGAGACCAGACUUUUUUUUUUGAGCUGUCAUUUGCUGCUUCUCUUUAUCCCUCAGUUGGGUCAAAUGUAGGGAAUUAUUUGAGAGGUUUAUGAAGCUCUUCCGUGAUAGAGGCUCCAAGUAAUCUCUUCUCCCUGGAACAGUUAAACACUUUUAACUGUACUUAUUAUAGGAAAGCUGUUUGUAACGCCCAGCUGAAGUCAAACACUACUUGGCCUUUUCACUAUAAGCAAGGUCAACAGCUUGUAUCUCCCUUUUCAGUCUUGUUUUCUUUAUCUAAGAUGACCUUGGACUGUUCAGUCAGAUUUGCCUCAUAGAUUUUAUUUUCUGCACUUCUCAUCAUUCUGGCUCUUUGCUUUCUUCUUUUGGUCUGACUCUAUCCUGCAGUGCCUCAAGCUGGACACGGCAUCCCCCGUGGAGCCUCUCUGUGCCAAUUAGAGUGGAAGGACUGAUUGCUAGAUCUUAUGGAUUAAAAUCCACUUCAGCUAUCUUAUUAUAAUACUUGAUUUUUCAGUAUUGGGAGAUGUCAAGGUGCAUUCAUCUUGUUAUCCAGUAUAAGGGAGGUGUCCUACUGCUUGUUUCCAAUAUGACAGCUUUCCUGCGCGUGUCAUUGGUGAACUUCAUUCGCCCACUACCCAAGAUUUUGUACCUGAUUUUCUGCUUGAAUCUGGAUUGCACGUAUGUGCUUGUAGCUUCUCUCACUCAAUGUUACCUGCCAAUAUUAAUGAGGUUUAUAGCAGAUUAUUUGGAUCAGCAAUUAAACAGAUGAGCAGCAUUGGCCCUGGGAAGCCCUUUGUGAAGCUACCAAAUGCAGAAUUACUGUUGGAACAAGUGACGGCCUUUUCCAAUAAAACUUGCGUUUACCACAUUGCAGUUUGAUUGUUAAGUUUCCCUAAUUUGCAUGGGGAAGUGUCAGAGCUCUUCACCCUCUUCUGUUUCCUUCCCAUUAAUGGAAGCGCAAUUGCAUGAAACCCUUGUUCUUAAUUGUGAAUUCCCGUCUAGCUACUCCGUUUCUUUUGAGUGUUUAUUUCAGAUGAUUUCUCAGGUAGUAUUGGUGAGACAGCUUAAUUUUAUAGCUUGUAUUCUGCCCUCUCCUUAAUCCUAUUUCAUCAGUCUCCUGAAAACCCAUUCAUUUUCUACAGGUUUCUACACAGAUCACCGCUAAAUUAAUUGGAGAUUGCUCAGUCAGUUCUCUAUACCCUCAAGGAAAUUUUUUCAACCAAGUUGAAAAAAGUUACCAGAUAAGGGAAAAAAAAAACCCCUUUUUCUACCUUGAGGUUAUACACUGUUGUGAGUUUGUUAAGUUAGCUUCUUGAUCAUGCCAGAUUGAACAAAAGAAACAUAAAAUCCUUUGGUCUUUACGUUGUUUGUUCAGUAAUGUUCAGAAAUGAUUCUGUGUCCCUUGUCUUCAUGAUCUGCUUUUGAUGCACAUCCUUAAAAAAUGACCUAGUUUCUCUGCGCUGCUUCCUUGCAUUUGAGGCCAUAGAAGAACUUGUGCUUUUCCUGAGGUUCUUUCUUUAUUUCUUUAUUUCCCAUCCUUCCUCUGCACUGUAUAGUUUACACUUAUUCCCUUCAAGAGAUUAUUUCAUUAAGGAACCGCUGAAUCUUCAAAACUGUUUUUCCUCACGUUAAUUUCCUAUGAGAUUUGAAAUAAACUCCUGUAGUUUGCAUUCUUGUCUGCUGUCACUGCUUUGUUGACCUGCUUCCUUUCAAAUUGCAUCCUUUUUUAUGAUCAUUCUUCAACGCGUUACUCUGGUUUUUACACCUUCCGACCACUUCUCUGUAGUUUUGAUAGAAGCAAACAUGAUACAGCCAUGGUUAACGCUGCUUCUGUCAUUAGGAAAACAAUACUCAUGUGCCUUCUAUGAUUUUCCUGUGCAAUCUGCCCUGUGGUGUCCCUUUCUGAACGAGGGAUAUGCGCAUGUCUUGAGUUCCCAGCUAC